AUGUCACAAUCAAGUCACCUGAAAUCCGAACGACGCGUUCUGGUUGAGAAAUCAACCAACGCGUCUCUAGCCCCCUCCAAUUCUCAGUCCGUGAGCAAGUCGAGCAAGUCCUCGAUGUCUCCGCCAGUGUUGGCCGGCCAGAAAAGAUCAAUUGAUCAGGUGGACUCUUCUCAGAACAGAUCGAGCUCAACAAAAAGUUCCUUUAGCCAGGUCCGACGGGAGGAUGAGUUUUAUAUCUAUGAAGAGAAUAACAAACAGUCUAGUACAGGUGCAGAUAAACAGAUCAUCUCAUCUUCCUUCAUUCAAACCGCACAUGCUUUUGAUCUAGACAUGCCACCCAAGAACACAUCCUCACAACAGAGUGACACCAUGUCAUCUCUACUCAAUCUCAGCUUCGAGUCUGAGAGCAAGAAGUCCUCACUCAAUUCCCCAUCUUCCCCUUCGAGCAGCCCUACACAAGAGAUUCCUGCAAACGAAACAACAGCAGCCCCCGCCUCGAUUGUGCCAACGGACCCUGCUGAGAGAAAGGCAUUCAUCCAACAGAAAGCAAAUCUCUUUCGCAGCCGCGUCCAAACAGCCAUGAAAAAGAUCAAAGCGCCCCAGAAUGACAUUGACCGUCGCCUGGUAGCGCUCGAGGAACAGGCCAACAGCCGUGAUCGUCCUUACCCCCCUAAACCGCUGUGGCCCCUCUCACGCCCCGCGAGCAAACACAUGGACGAUGCGGAUGAGGACUUAACUCCAAAAGCCAAGAUGCCAAAGCUCCUCCCUCCACCGGACCUGCAACCGAUGGCGUACUCGACCCGCUACGCGUCCACUAAUAAUACUAUGCCAUCUUCCCCCCCCGCCUCAGCCACAGGUGAAAAUUAUGCUGGGAAAAUUGAGUUAGAGAUGCAGAUGCAGAUGGAAAUGAAUGGCCAUGGACAUGAGCACGUAGAAAAUGAGUUGACGCCAACCAAAGAUAAAGCGGAAAACGCUGUCAUCACAAUCAAUAAGAUCAGCGGUACCGACGCUGGUAACGGCAACGGGAAUGAAAACGGGAAAGCGGACAACUACCCUACAGAAACCCUCACCUCACCCAUGCAGCCAUGCAGCCCACCACACACAGGAGACUCACCUAUUGUCAUCGAGAGAAACGCGAAAAUGUGCUCCGUGGACCAAAUGAUUGCCAAAGCGAAGAAGGGAGAGGCGCUUGAUGGGCUUCUGAAGCUGAUGAAGACUACUACUGAGUAUGAUAACUUGGAUGAGUGGACUGGGUGA